CUCAGCAACAGCAAACCAAUUUUUCCUUUCCACUCAAUACUCACCAACAAAUCACUAUUCUCCGCCUUUCAACAACUCCCAUGAUUCCCGCCAUGGAUCUUCAUCUCCUCCGGUCUCCUCCCGGUGUCCGAUUCUUCCGCCGCCACCCUUCCCCUGCACCUCUCCGCAGACGUUUCGUCACAGUUAGCUCGAUUCUUCCUUUCGCAAAAGAGAAAGCUAAGUACCACAUAGAACUUGAAGCUGCGGUGGAGCUCGUGGAGAGAGCUUGUAGCCUUUGCAUUGACGUACAAAGGUCUCUGUUAUCUGAUGGACGGAUACUGGAAAAGAAUGACCAAACUCCAGUUACAGUGGCAGAUUUUGGAGUCCAAGCUCUUGUUAGUUUAGAGUUGGGUAAAUUGUUCCCUUUGAUUCCAUUGGUGGCGGAAGAGGACUCUGGUUUUUUACAGUCCCAAAAUCUCGUGGAUCUUGUAGUAAGUGCAGUAUCUGAUAAAACAAGCUUUCAUGAGGAAUCAUUUUCACAUGCUGAUGUGCUGGAAGCAAUCGAUCGAGGGGAAAGGACUGAAUUCGGAACAAAACCAGCCACGUAUUGGAUAUUGGAUCCAAUUGAUGGCACACGAGGGUUUGUAAAAGGAAGCAAAGCCUUAUAUGUGGUAGGUUUGUCUCUUGUAGUUGAAGGAGAGAUCAUGUUAGGUGUCAUGGGCUGCCCUAACUGGGUUGUAGAUACUUCCCACAGGUCCAUUAACGGUGUUCAAGGUUAUAAAAACAGUUCACCUGGGUUGGGGAUCAUUAUGGUUACUCAUUUUGGCUGUGGAACUUGGACAAAGAGGUUAAGGCACAUGCUUGAUAGCUCGUUCAAACCUUCAUCCGAUUGGACCAGAUGCUUUGUUGAUGGUUGUUCUUUGGUACACAAAGCCAACUUCUGCAUUCCAGAUAGUCAAGCAUGGGAGUCACUGCCACUGUCAGUUUUCUACGACGCAACAACCAAUGACAAUGAUGAUAUCAGGCAUAAGGAAAUUCGUCUUUUACCCUUUUGUUGUGGAAGUUUAUGCAAGUACUUAAUGGUGGCUUCUGGUGGGGCAUCUGUUUUCAUUCUUGAAGUUAAACCUGAAAGAGAGACCAAGGCUUGGGAUCAUGCUGCUGGUAUGAUAUGUGUUCAUGAAGCUGGAGGAAAGGUGACGGAUUGGGAAGGAAGUGAACUUGAUCUUGCAGCAGAUCAAGUUAAACGGAGAAUCAUAUACCCUGCUGGUGGAGUUCUUGUGACUAAUGGCAAAAUCCAUCAGCAGAUAGUGGAGAUGAUAUCUUCCAGUUCAACAGUUGUGCGACAUUGAGUUAAAAUACGGUAUGAUUAUUCAUAUUCUAUUUUUCAAAUCUUUGAAUACCAUUCAUGUUUCAUUCAAUCCUGUGGCAUCCUGCAAUGUGUAAAAUGAGCACUUAGUUUAUUCAUAGGAAUAAAUUGAAAAUUUUUCAAUUAUUCCAUUAACUACCAUAUAGUCAGAAGAAGGAACUUCUUCUAGGCAUGUGUAUUGUGUAAUAUGUAGUUAUUGGUAAUGUAAAGUCAUCUUUUAUUGUAA